CGCGCCGGCCCCCCGCGCCCGCUGUCCGGAGCGCCGCCCCAGCCCGCGCCGCCGCGAUGGCGGAGGACAGCGAGUCCGCGGCCAGCCAGCAGAGCCUGGAGCUGGACGACCAGGACACGUGCGGGAUCGACGGGGACAAUGAGGAGGAGACGGAGCACGCCAAGGGAAGUCCCGGAGGUGAUUUGGGUGCCAAAAAGAAAAAGAAGAAACAGAAGAGAAAAAAGGAGAAACCGAAUUCCGGAGGCACCAAGUCAGACUCGGCAUCUGAUUCCCAGGAGAUUAAAAUUCAGCCGCCUUCAAAAAAUCCCACCAUUCCAAUGCAGAAGUUGCAGGAUAUCCAGAGGGCAAUGGAGCUGUUAUCCGCAUGCCAGGGCCCCGCCAGGAACAUUGAUGAGGCUGCCAAACACAGAUACCAGUUUUGGGACACGCAGCCGGUACCCAAACUAAAUGAAGUAAUAACAUCUCAUGGCGCAAUUGAAGCUGAUAAAGAAAACGUGCGUCAAGAACCGUAUUCCCUGCCGCAGGGUUUUAUGUGGGACACUUUAGAUUUGGGUAACGCCGAAGUGCUCAGGGAGCUGUACACGCUGCUGAAUGAGAAUUACGUGGAAGAUGACGACAACAUGUUCCGGUUUGACUAUUCGCCCGAGUUCCUGCUGUGGGCUCUGCGGCCCCCAGGCUGGCUCCUCCAGUGGCACUGUGGAGUCAGGGUGUCUUCGAACAAAAAACUAGUGGGGUUCAUCAGCGCCAUUCCCGCGAACAUUCGGAUCUACGACAGUGUGAAGAAGAUGGUCGAAAUCAACUUUCUUUGUGUUCAUAAGAAAUUGAGAUCAAAACGGGUAGCCCCAGUGUUGAUUCGAGAAAUAACCAGAAGAGUGAACCUGGAAGGGAUUUUCCAGGCCGUUUAUACCGCUGGAGUGGUUCUUCCGAAGCCAGUGGCCACAUGCAGAUACUGGCAUCGAUCACUAAACCCCAGAAAAUUGGUAGAAGUGAAAUUUUCUCACUUGAGUAGAAAUAUGACUUUGCAGAGAACAAUGAAGCUGUACAGACUUCCAGAUGUUACAAAAACUUCAGGCUUGAGGCCAAUGGAACCAAGAGAUAUCAAAGCUGUUCAAGAACUAACCAACAGUUACCUGAAGCAGUUUCAUCUAGCCCCGGUGAUGGAUGAAGAGGAAGUAGCCCACUGGUUCCUCCCCCAAGAGCACAUCAUUGACACUUUUGUAGUGGAGAACUCCAGUGGUAAACUAACUGACUUCCUGAGCUUCUACACGCUCCCCUCCACAGUCAUGCAUCACCCCGCUCACAAGAGCCUCAAAGCCGCCUACUCCUUCUACAAUAUCCACACAGAGACGCCACUGCUGGACCUCAUGAACGACGCGCUUAUCAUCGCCAAGCUGAAAGGAUUUGAUGUAUUCAAUGCGCUAGAUUUGAUGGAAAAUAAGACAUUCUUGGAAAAACUCAAGUUUGGCAUAGGCGAUGGCAAUUUACAGUAUUACUUGUACAACUGGAGGUGUCCAGGGACAGAGUCCGAAAAGGUUGGACUCGUAUUACAGUAGAUGGAUAUUUCUAUUUCUAGAACUCUGAUGUCAUCAUUUGUUAAUAUCCUAGUUAAUGAUUCCUGGAACUGCCAUUCCAAAGAAUAAAAGCACAACCUAAGUGACAUCGAAGUGUCAGUAACAGAAAAGAUGGAAAAACAUCCACUGGUGACCAAUAGAACACAUUUCUAGCUAGAAUGUUAACAUUCAUCCUUUUUUUCACUGUUGACCCAUUUGUAGGAGGGAUGGAAGGAGGAUACAAAGAGCACAUUCCUCUAAUUUUCAACCUUCUGACUGUCUCUCAAUGAAGAGAAGGUACUUGUCCCUCUCUAGAAAAAUGGACCGCUUUUCUAUGGAUUGAACAGAAUCACAGAAUCGUGUAAGAAAAUCUUUGCCAUUGUGUGGAGAUAAACUGCUGCCUUUCUGUUUAUUAAGUGGGGGUCUGUGGGUCCAUGUAGCAGAAUGAGGGAGCCAUUUGGAAAGGGCUUGCUUAUGUCACUGCACGUGAUCUCAUCGGGAACAUCCAUGGAGCCAGCAUUUCUGUAACGCAGCAAUGAGUGGUGGGUGUUAAAGUGAAGAGUGAGAUAAAAAUGUGCUGGUUGGGGGCUUCCCUGGUGGCGCAGUGGUUGAGAUCUGCCUGCCAAUGCAGGGGACACGGGUUCGAGCCCUGGUCUGGGAAGAUCCCACAUGCCGCGGAGCAACUAGGCCCGUGAGCCACAACUACUGAGCCUGCGCGUCUGGAGCCUGUGCUCCGCAACAAGAGAGGCCGCGAUAGUGAGAGGCCCGUGCACCGCGAUGAAGAGUGGCCCCCGCUCGCCGCAACUGGAGAAAGCCCUCGCACAGAAACGAAGACCCAACACAGCC